GAUACAGAGGAGGAGAGAGAGAGCUGGUUGGUGAGCACCAGGUUCUGGAGUGGUAGCUGAACUCUUUUACUGGGUCAAAACCCUAAAACAAAAAUGGGCUUCGAACCAUAUCAUGGGCUCCGCAGAGUGCCAGCCGCUGCUACAUGGACUCUACACCCACAAUCGGAUUUCCGACUUGUCCUCCGAUGCCAUCGAAGAGUCCUUGGAACACCGUCCUUUGGAAUUCCGAUUGUGGCUUCGGUUAGUGGCGUGGGAGUCAAGGAUCCUCUGGCUUCUGUCUUGGGCAUCCAUUGUAGUUGAGCUAUGCAAUUACAUGCUAAGCUUUGUGACCCUGAUUUUCUCUGGCCAUUUGGGAACCUUGGAACUUGCUGGGGCCUCCAUAGCUAGUGUUGGCAUGCAGGGUCUAGCUUAUGGGAUUAUGUUGGGCAUGGCCAGUGCUGUACAGACCGUGUGUGGACAAGCAUAUGGAGCAAAGAAGUACCCGGCAAUGGGUAUCAUCUGCCAAAAAGCCAUAAUUUUGCACCUGGGAGCAGCAGUUCUCCUCACCUUUCUCUACUGGUACUCUGGCCCCAUCCUGAUAGCCAUAGGACAAUCGGAGAGCAUAGCUGAGCAAGGCCAGAUUUUUGCGCACGGUUUGAUACCCCAACUCUAUGCAUUUGCAAUAUACUGCCCGAUGCAGAGGUUUCUCCAAGCACAGAACAUUGUAAAUCCUCUGGCAUUCAUGUCUUGUGGGGUAUUCCUAUUGCACAUUCUCCUCUCGUGGUUGGUAGUAUACGUUUUGGACUACGGACUUUUGGGGGCUGCUCUAACACAAAGCUUCUCUUGGUGGAUUCUUGUCUUUGUCACUAGUCUUUAUAUUCUUCUAAGCCCCUCUUGCAAGGAAACUUGGACAGGUUUCUCUAUCCAAGCCUUCAAAGGGAUUUGGCCUUAUUUAAAGAUCACUGUCGCUUCUGCUGUCAUGUUGUGCUUGGAGAUAUGGUACAGCCAAGGAUUGGUACUUAUAUCAGGGCUCCUCCCCAACCCUACAAUCUCACUAGACUCUAUUUCUGUUUGUAUGAAUUACUUGAACUGGGACAUUGAGUUCAUGUUGGGACUAAGCGCAGCAACCAGUGUCAGAGUCAGUAAUGAGCUUGGGGCUGGACAUGCCAAGGUUGCAAAAUUUUCAGUACUGGUGGUGAAUGCGACCACCAUACUCAUUAGUACAGUUUUCAGCAUAAUUGUUCUGGUAUUUCGGGUUGCAUUGAGCAGACUCUUUACAUCUGACGCUGAGGUCAUAGAGGCUGUGUCCAACCUGACCCCAUUGCUCGCCAUUUCUGUUUUCUUAAAUGGCAUUCAACCUAUACUCUCAGGCGUGGCAAUUGGAAGUGGAUGGCAAGCUGUGGUGGCUUAUGUUAACCUAGCCACUUACUAUCUCAUCGGUCUUCCAAUUGGAUGUGUUCUUGGAUUCAAAACUAGUCUAGGAGUAGCAGGAAUCUGGUGGGGGCUGGUCAUUGGAGUUCUUCUGCAAACAAUAACUCUAAUUAUACUAACUGCCAGGACAGAUUGGAAUAUUGAGGUCCAGAAAGCCGCAGAAAGGUUGAAGAAAUCUGCAGAAGAUGAUACCUUAGACUUGGUGGUGGCCACCAAAUAAGCUCUCUUCUCCUGAUCUAGUUAAUUUCUUGCAAUGCUAGAGCAAUAUUUACAAUCAAUUAUGCCAUCUUACAUCUAUUAUCUAUAUGUAUAACAGUUUGAGCAAUCCGUCUCCAUCAGAUUAUGCAAAGAAAAUGUAAAACACAAGACCUGU